UUUAAGGAAAAAUUCUCCCCUUUGAACAAUUAAAUCGCUUUCCGAAGCAUUUACAUAAAUAAAAUUUUUAAAAAUUGACGACACUGUUUUAUAAAGAGAUUACAGUAUUCGCGUUUAUACGAGAAUUUUAGCAAAAUUGAAAAGAAAAAGACUGUCUUCUGCAAAUUGAAUAAUAAUACAAAUUACAGACUUUACAAUAUACUCAGUUUAGUUAAACAGCGUAAACAAAUGUACAUUAAAGUGAAUUUUAAGAAAUUAAAUAAAGCACCUUUAAAAUAACGCUGAAUGCUAACUAAUCGUGUACAGGAUAUCUUAGUAAUUGCAGCCUAAAAUAUAUAUAUAGACGGCGUGAAAACAAGAAUAAAUAAAAGAAAAUACAGUCUAUUGUCAUAAAUUAUUAAUGAAAGUUUGAUUGUGUUCAAAGGAAAAUAUUAGUCAGAAUUAAAAGAAAAUGGAGGCUCUAAUACCGGUGAUUAAUAAAUUACAAGACGUUUUUAAUACUGUUGGUUCGGACUCUAUACAAUUGCCACAAAUCGUGGUUUUGGGUAGUCAGAGUUCAGGCAAAAGUUCAGUUCUCGAAAGUUUAGUAGGACGUUCGUUUUUACCACGCGGCACCGGCAUCGUUACUAGAUGUCCCUUAAUCUUACAAUUAAUUCACUGUCCGUUGGAAGAUCGUGAGCAUCGUUCUGCUGAAAAUGGAACUAUGAAUGCCCAAGAAUGGGGUCGAUUUUUGCAUACCAAAAAGAUUUUCACCGAUUUCAACGACAUCCGCCAGGAGAUCGAAGAGGAAACCGAACGAAAGGCUGGCAACAACAAAGGUAUCUGUAGCGAAGCAAUCAAUUUGAAAAUAUUUUCAACAAGCGUCGUUAAUCUGACAUUAGUAGACUUGCCGGGUAUAACUAAAGUGCCAGUGGGUGAUCAACCUGAUGAUAUUGAAACCCAAAUAAAAGAAUUAGUUUUAAAAUACAUUGAAAAUCCAAAUUCAAUUAUUUUAGCGGUAACGGCAGCCAAUACAGAUAUGGCUACUAGCGAAGCUCUGAAAUUAGCCAAAGAUGUUGAUCCAGAUGGUCGUCGAACAUUAGCUGUGGUAACCAAACUCGAUUUAAUGGAUGCCGGUACAGAUGCAAUUGAUAUAUUAUGUGGGCGAGUUAUCCCUGUUAAGUUGGGCAUUAUCGGUGUAAUGAAUCGGUCUCAACAAGAUAUUAAAGAUAACAAAAAUAUAGAAGUACAAUUGAAAGACGAAGAGGCAUUCUUGCAACGCAAAUAUCCCACAUUAGCCACACGCAACGGCACUCCGUAUUUAGCAAAAACCUUAAAUCGUUUGUUAAUGCACCAUAUACGCGAUUGCUUACCUGAUCUAAAGACUCGCGUUAAUGUGAUGUCUUCACAGUUUCAAUCGUUAUUAAAUUCGUACGGUGAAGAUGUUAUAGACAAAAGUCAAACUUUAUUACAGAUUAUCACUAAAUUUGCCAGUGCUUAUUGCUCCACCAUAGAAGGUACGGCACGUAAUAUCGAAACCACUGAACUAUGCGGUGGAGCGCGCAUUUGUUAUAUAUUUCAUGAAACUUUUGGACGCACAUUAGAUUCUAUACAUCCCUUAGCAGGACUAACUAAAAUGGAUAUUCUAACAGCAAUACGUAACGCAACCGGUCCGAGGCCAGCACUUUUCGUACCCGAAGUAUCGUUUGAAUUGUUAGUUAAGCGGCAGAUACGUAGAUUAGAAGAACCCUCGCUACGUUGUGUUGAAUUAAUUCAUGAAGAAAUGCAACGAAUUGUUCAACAUUGUGGCAAUGAAGUUCAACAGGAAAUGUUAAGAUUUCCAAAAUUACAUGAAAAAAUUGUUGACGUUGUUACACAGUUAUUAAGACGGCGUUUGCCAGCCACUAAUGUAAUGGUGGAAAAUCUAGUGGCCAUUGAAUUGGCUUACAUAAAUACUAAGCAUCCCGAUUUUCAUAAAGAUGCUGCCUUAGUACCUAGUCUACUAAAAGCUGAUAACAUGGUAGAUACAUAUACAGCCCAAAAUCCCAGACGCACUAACACACCAAGGGGAACCAACUCAUCACCGCAAGUACUUUCAGCCCAAAACAUACAUAAGCAACAACAGCAACUUCAGCAAGAGCAACAAAAUGAUUCAAUAGAGCAGAACCAUGUCAAUGAGACACCUUUACAUCCAAAUAAUUGGUUAUCGAAUAUUUUGCCACCACAUCAAAAUAUCCCAAGGGAAAGUAUGGAGAGUUCAAAUCAAAACACUCCAAUUCACAAUACAUCGUCAAGUCCGGUAAAGCCAGUGAAUCUCUUACCCGAUGUACCGGCUACUCAAAGUUCCAGACGCUUAACUGAUAAAGAGCAAAAAGAUUGUGAUGUAAUUGAGCGUCUCAUCAAAUCGUAUUUCUACAUUGUACGUAAAUCUAUACAAGAUUCAGUACCAAAGGCUAUUAUGCAUUUUCUAGUUAAUUAUGUUAAAGAUAAUUUGCAAAGUGAAUUAGUUACUCAUUUAUAUAAAUCGGAAAAAGUUGAAACACUUCUUAAUGAGUCAGAUCAUAUUGCGAUACGCAGAAAGGAGGCGGCCGAUAUGUUAAAGGCUUUAACUCGUUCUAAUCAUAUCAUCAGCGAAAUCCGUGAAACUCAUAUGUGGUAAACUUAGCAGAAAGCUCUGCUCUUACUUAAUGUUUAUACUCCAUUCUAUUGCUGUCACGAAUUUCAAAUAGUGCUACAUUUAUCUUAAGAGCUCCCUGGCGCUUCAAUUUUCACAACUAUAUGUGCUGUUAUAGCAAACAAAUGCAUUUCUAAACAAAUUUUUCCUAGCAACUGAUUUUUUGUCACAUCUUUUUUUACAUUCGCUACUGUUCGGAGCCAUGUUCAAUUAUCUUAAAAUGUUCAGAAUUUUCAAUUAACUGGCGCGUUUGGACUUUCUUUGCACUUUUACCGAUCAUGAAACACUUGGAGAGGAUAAAUUAAAUUCCAUAAAUCAAAGAUUUUUUCCAAGCUAAUUUCUUAAAAAUAUAUCAAUCUGUUUAUUGGGCGUUUAAAAAAAUAAUCCUUAGAAAUGUCAUUUUAUGUUAACAAAAUUUCUUUUCAAACUUUCCCAAUUCCAAAAUGCAGAUUAAGAAAGUACGUUUUGAAUUUAAAAAGAAAAAAACAUCUUAGAUUUAAAAAAUUUGAAAGAAGGGCUUUGAUAUCAUAUUGAAAAAUCUCUGCCAUUAUCAGAAUUUCGAACAUUAUUUCUCCAAAGAUCUUUACCGAAAGAGUUUUUCGAAGCAUUAAAUAACCUCCUGUUUGAUUCCAAUUAAUUACCGCAGCGUUGCAGUCAUUGACAGUCGUAAACAUGUAAAACAUAUUUUAUUAUAAUUAAAUUUAACUUCGUUUUUCAUAACAGAUUUUUUUAUUUAUCCUAAAGUUCCUUUUAAACCACGUCUGUUUUUUUCAUGCUUGCAUAGAGUUAACUGUUAACUGUUUAGCACGCUCACAUACGGUUUUGUUUAUUGAAAAAUUAUACGAUCAUAGGUCAUGCUAAACAAAUGCCAACUAGUGUUUAGAAUAAUUGAAAAAAUAAAGACACAAUCAAAUAUUUAAAAAACAUCUAAAUUUCAUUACAAAAACUAUCUUCCAAUGGGACAAGACAUUUUUAUCACCCGUUAGACAUUAGUUUUCAUGCCAUUGAUAUUACAAUUACUAUACUUUAAUCGCAAAUAGUUUG